GUUUAUAUUAUGUCUAUGGUGUGCGCCCGGCAAUUUAGUAUAUAGUAUCUAAACUAUCUAUUAUCUUGAAUAAAUAAAUCGAAUCUACAACUUACCAGUUACCAGUAGGUUUUUACUUUAUAAGACAAACAGUAGAUCAUACACGGGAUUUAAAUUUUAAAUAUCAUUAAAUUUUGUUUCAUUUUGACAGAAAUUUGAUUACGACACACGGACGACCACUUUGAACAGUUUUGGAAUCCAUUACUAUUCUAUUAGUUGUUAUGCCAUAGUUAUUGGCUUCCAAAACUUGUAUUAACAUUGUAAUUACUAAAUAGGUAAAUAGCCUAAAUAGUCAAAUUUGUAUUUCCAAAAAAGUUAAACCAUGCCGACCUGGAACCAAAUUCAAAGUCAAUUAAGAAAUCCGCAGAACCCUGUUGUAUUCUUUGAUAUAUCCGUUGGAAGAACGGAAAUUGGUAGAUUAAUAAUGGAAUUGUAUGCUGACAUUGUGCCUAAAACUAGUGAAAAUUUUCGUCAAUUUUGUACUGGUGAACACAAAAAAGAUGGAAUUCCAUUCGGGUAUAAAGGAUGUUGUUUUCACAGAAUAAUUAAGGAUUUCAUGAUACAAGGUGGUGAUUUUGUAAAUGGUGAUGGAACUGGGGUUAUGAGUAUAUACGGAGCAGAUACAUUUUCAGAUGAAAAUUUUAAACUUAACCAUGAUGCACCUGGACUUUUAUCAAUGGCAAACAGUGGUAUAGAUACCAACGGGUGUCAGUUUUUUAUUACUUGUGCAAACUGCAACUUUUUGGAUGGAAAACAUGUGGUAUUUGGUCGUGUCAUUGAUGGGUUGCUGGUAAUGAGAAAAAUUGAAAAUGUUCCUACUGGUCCCAACAACAAACCAAAAAUACCUAUUGUUAUAUCACAGUGUGGACAGUUAUAAAAGUUAUGAAUUGUACUUUUAUAUAUAUUUCAUCUCAUAUUACAUGAUGUUUAUUUGUAUGAAUGCAUAUUAAAAAAUAUAUAUAUAUUUCAAAUUUA